CCCUGACAUCAUUCGUUGUUGCUCCGAUCGCAGCGUGCCAUUUUGUACAUUUGUAACUGCAAGGUGACAGUUACGGCCGGAGCGUCGGAUUUCUGUCUCGGCGUGUUCCACUUUUGGGUCUUUCUUCCUUCCUUCCUCUUUGACUCAACUGCCGGUCCGGUCCACAGGCGUGAGUGAGGUCUAUUUCCUGGGAGCUUCCGCCCUUUCCACCGCUCCCACGAGAACCCCGACCUUCACCGACAUCGACUGUGAUCCCACUCCAUCGGCACAGUUCGACAGCACCAAACAAGUCUAAUUCCCCUACUACCAAACCACCAACCAUCACCAAACCCCAUCCCCCGACAUCCCAUCCCAUCCCAUCCCACCGCCAUCAUGGCCACCGCCACCGCAGGGCUCAUCCCCAACUGGUUCCCGCCCACCCGCGAAAACCACGCCCUGAUCGUCUCCAUCUGGCAAUGGUUCCCGCUGGCCGCCUCCCUCCAGUGGCUGAUCCCCUGGUACGGCAUGGGCAAGACAUCCGUCACAUCCCGGUUCAACCUGCCCGGCCGCAUCGGCUGGCUGACCAUGGAAGCGCCGGGCUUCCUGACGCUGCUCUACCACAUGCGCACCCUCACCCCCACCCUUUCUCAAAACGGUGGGGGGGAAGGGCUCCCCUGGCAAAACAAAUUCCUCGCGACGCUCUUCGUGACGCACUACGCCUACCGCGCGCUGCUCUUCCCCUUCCUGCAGCCGUCCAUGUCGCCGCUGCACGUGGUGAUCUGGCUGUCGGGCGCCGCGUUCCAGGUGACCAACGGGCUGGCGAUCGGGGCGUGGCUGGCGGCGUACGGGCCGACGACGCAGGCCGAGUGGGCGGACCAGAUAUCGACGGGGCAGGAGAUUAGGCGGCGGGCGGGGAGGAGGGCGGGGAGUGGGAAGAAGGAUGGGAAGGAGGGGAAAAAUGGGAAGGAUGGGAAGGGUGGUGCUACUACUGGGGUGGAUAAGCAUUAUGAGAUUCCGCAGGCGGGGCUGUUCAAGGUGAUGCUGUACCCGCAUUACUUUGUUGAGUGGGUGGAGUGGUUUGGGUUCUGGAUGGCGGCCGGCUGGGGAUGCGUGCCGGCGAGGUGCUUCCUGCUCAACGAGAUUGCGGCCAUGCUGCCGCGGGCGGUGAGCGGGCGCAAGUGGUACGUGGAGAAGUUUGGAGAGGAGAAGAUUCGCGGGCGGUGGGCCGUUAUCCCGGGGGUAUGGUAG